CCAAACACCUGAAGUCACAGACCCAAAGCACCCUCAAGAGGAGAGGACAUACUCACCUAUUCACCCAGUUUUUAGGAGGUUGGGGAUAUGGGAAUACGACUUGUGCUCGACGUGAUCAUUCUAUAAUUCUUGAUCGGAUUUCACUUUUUUCUGGUGUUGUCUGGAUAUUAUUCGUGUGACGCUGGAAACUGGACGCUGGAAACUCUUGCACUAGACUUAUAACUGAGACAUAAUACCAGCGGGCUGAAAAAGCAAACAAAAGCCUAUUUCUGCUAUGGCCGAGAAAGCAACUCAGACCUUACUCCUCCUGUUGGGUGUGUGUAUUUGCACCUCAGGACUCCAACAGUCUGCUCCCAGGGUACGUCUGUCCUUCAAAGAAUUGUUGGACACCAGAGCGGCCCGGCCCUUCUCCUUCUCGUUCAACACCAGUGACUACCGCAUCCUGCUGAUGGACCAGGACCAGGGCAGGCUGUACCUGGGCAGCAGGGAGUACCUGGUGGCCCUGGACAUGCACAACGUCAACAAGGAGCCGCUCAUUAUCCAUUGGCCAGCCUCUGACAAGAGAAAAGGGGAGUGUCGGAUGACAGGAAAAGGAGGACAGGGGGAGUGUGCAAACUUUGUGCGUAUGAUAGAGCCAUGGAACCGUACCCACCUGUACACCUGUGGGACUGGAGCCUACCAGCCGAUCUGCACCUUCAUCAACAGAGGCUGGAAGGCAGAGGACUAUGUUUUCAGGCUGGUUCCUGGAUUCAUGGAAUCAGGGAAGGGAAAAUGUUCCUACGACCCUUCCCAGGAGAACAUUGCUGCUCUAAUCAAUGGGAAUUUGUAUGCAGGAGUCCAUGUAGACUUUAUGGGCACAGACGCAGCCCUCUUCAGGACAAUGGGGGGCAGAACCCCAGUCAGGACGGAGCAGUAUGACUCCAGGUGGCUCAAUGAGCCUGUGUUCAUUCAGAUCCAGCAGAUCCCAGACAGUGCAGAGAGGAAUGAUGACAAGCUCUACUUCUUCUUCCGUGAGAAGAGUCUGGAUGCGGGGGGAGGGGCGAGCCCCAGUGUCCUGGCCAGAGUGGGACGAGUGUGCCUGAAUGACGAGGGCGGUCAGAAGUCCCUGGUGAACAGAUGGACCACCUUCCUGAAAGCCCGCCUAGUCUGCUCUGUGAUCGGAGAGGACGGGGUGGAGACCUUAUUCGAUGAACUGAGGGAUGUUUUCAUCCAGCCCAAACAAGACGAACGCGACCCUGUGGUCUAUGCUUUAUUCACAACAGCUGGCUCUGUGUUCAAGGGCUCAGCGGUCUGUGUGUACUACAUGGCUGACAUUCGCAAUGUCUUCAAUGGACCCUUCUCCCACAAACAUGGCCACAACUACCAGUGGACAGCAUACACUGGCAAGAUUCCCUACCCUCGGCCUGGCACAUGUCCAGGAGGAACAUUCACCCCGGGCAUUCGCACCUCAAAGGACUUUUCAGACGAGGCUGUGAACUUCAUGCGAGCGCACCCCCUUAUGUACCACUCUGUGUACCCUGUCCAUCGCCGCCCCCUGGUGGUGAGGACCGGAGUGGACUACCGCUUCACAGCCCUGGUGGUGGACCAGGUGGAUGCGGUUGAUGCCCGCUACGAGGUGCUCUUCUUGGGCACAGAUCGUGGCACCGUGCAAAAGGUGAUUGUUUUACCAAAAGACAAGGACACCAUGGAGGAGCUCACACUGGAGGAAGUGGAGGUUUUCAGGACACGUGCUGCUGUCAAAACAAUGAAGAUAUCGUCCAAAAGGCAACAGCUGUAUGUGUCGUCAGAGGCGGGGCUAACCCAGGUGUCUCUGCAUCGCUGUGGGGUUUACGGUAGAGCCUGCUCUGACUGCUGUCUGGCACGGGACCCUUACUGCGCCUGGGAUGGGGAGAACUGCUCCGCGUUCACCCCUGCCACAAAAAGGAGGAGCAGACGGCAGGACGUUAAACAUGGGGACCCACUUCGACAGUGCAGAGGCUUCAACGCCAAAGUGGAGAAGCGUCUGAGGGAGACAGUCCAGUUCGGGGUAGAGGGGAGCAGUACGUUCCUGGAGUGUCAGCCUCGCUCCCCCCAGGCCACAGUCAAGUGGCUCUAUCAGAGGGAAGGGAGGAGGAAAGUGCUUAACCGGGACAGAGAGUAUCUGAAGACGCCCCACGGAAUCCUUCUGAAAUCUCUCGCCCAAUCGGACGGCGGUCUAUACCACUGCCUGGCCACGGAGAACAACUUCAAACACACCGUGGCCCGUGUUGCUCUGCGAAUCCUGGACCGAGACAUUGUGUUGGCCCUCACUGCCCCUGACGAUGAAUCCCUGACCUCCAACAGCCCUCCCAACGGGUGGGGUGGACAACAUGACGCCCGGCUCCAGAGGAACCCCCUAACCCCUCCUCUCACAGACACCCCGUCCCAGCCAGAGAUCAGGCUGAUCCACCAGUACUGUCAGUCUUACUGGGAGCAGCUGGGGCUCAAGCAGCAGACGCCCAAACACACCUCCAGGAGGCACACAGAAAGCCAGGAGCAGGAGGAGCAUCAGCCCAAACGUACCAGCAGGAGACACACAGACAGCCAGGAGACCCAAGGCGGAUAGUGGACUGGACCUCUACAACACAAGCCAGUCAGAACACUCCAUAUGGUAGACUAUAGAUCCAUGUUUGUACAGUGAAUGACAUGAUACCAACCCUGACACAAUCCAGUAUCUGAGUAUAGAAAUGUAAUAUAUUGAUGUGUAUAUAUCAUAUGAUCAUAAUAGAUUCAUGGUUUAUUAAUGUAUAGUAAUUAUAAUUUCAAUGAGAAAUACGUUAGUCCAGAAGCCCUUAAUGGUGGAGAAGGACCGGGUACUCCAUUCCCUAUUCAUUCCCAGUGGCAUAACUACAUUAUCCCACAAACGUGGACAAGUGUACACAGGACUGGUGUGCAACCCUGUGCAGAACCCUGUCUGCCAAUAUCUAGGGGGACCCGCAUGCAGAGCCCUAUCUGUCUGACUUCCAUUUGGCCCCCCAGGGACCUCAACCCCAUUCCCACCCAUUUGCUCUUCAUUCCCACCCAGCGUAUCUGUCUUCUCUACCAUGGGGCUUGAUACAUUCAGCUUUGCACGCUUUAUUCAGUUUGGAUGGCGUUACAUUUUGUUUUCCACAAAGUGUUAAUUGUAUGGUGUGAUGUUCAUGUAUGUAUUUGGCAACUAAUACCAUGUGUUAUAUUGUAAUUGUGGUGACUCUCAUGUUCUCUUUCGAACACCUUUUGGACCUAUUUUUGAGGAGGGUUAGUGAUACAGUAUUCUUUUAAUUACGCACUUUGAUGGAGAUGUAUUGAGACAUAAAUGAGGGAUCUUUGCACAAAAUAUACAAUAUCAACAUGUAGAGUAAUAAGCUACAAAAUCAUUAGGGUGCAUAGUCUUUGUAUUAUAUUUGUUUUUAUACUACAUUCCAGCAAAUGUCAAAUUGUAACUUUUAAUGGGAAUGGGUAGCAACAGUACUGUAUGAAUAAGUCCUGACCAUCUCUGGACACGAUAUUGACCAGCAACAUACUGUCACAUGUUGUACAUAGCACAGUCCUACACUGGAAAUGUUCAAAUGACAAAUAUAAACGUCAUCCCAUUAAGCCUU